AAGUUAACUGUUGAAAUACCGAAGGAGAAGCAAGAAUGUAUUAUCCAUCUACUUGGCUUGCAGGAGUGUUGUGAAGUUGUCUCCAUUCGACAGGUUCAAUCGGGGCACGGUUAGUACUGCAAUGAUCUUGAACAAUGUAUUGUCACUUUUUAUUUAUGGGCUAAAAUUUUCCCCUAACAUCAUGGUUGCAGAGAAUACACCGCAGGGUAUUCCUUCGCUUUUGUAAAGGAAGUAAUAUGGCUUCUUUAUUGUUACAUAUAUAUAUAUAGACCAGUAGGUGAACUACGCAAAUCCUGAGGGCAUGGUUGUUUAAUACAAGCCUGUUUCGUAGGCCACCGAAAAGGUGACCCACUCUUCAGUUAAACUCCAUUAUAACACUGAAGCGUAAGGGUCUACAUCAAGAAACAAGAAAACUGAUGGCGUGAUAAAAAUCGUUACAUAUAACGUUUGAAAUUUAAAUUUUUAAGAAAUUUUAGAAUGAAAAGCGCGCGCUUGCUCUCAAUCGCCUACAACUCUUAUACGAAACCUAAGUCACAUGAAGCUUGCGCUACAAUCUCUGGCUUUCACAUGUUCGAUUGUACCUUAGAAUGAACUUGCGUCGAUGUCUGCAUGUAGAGACAAGUUUGUUGCGCUUGUUCAGUGUUGCCAUGUGAGGCCUACAGAUUAAAAAGAACUUCUCUGUUGUACAUGGCAAGUCUAAACAAAAGAAAUGAGCUGUCAUCGUGUUGUAGACAUGUUAGGAAAUUCCUGUUAAAAAAUGUAACAAUGUAAUGACAUGCCUAGACGUCACGUACGUAUCCAUUGUUCUGUAUUUCAAAUUUCUGUGAUUGUAACUGUUAUUUCUGGCAGUUGCCUGAUGACUGCUUCGCAAGAAGCAUGAAACUCAGAGUUGCAGUAAAUGUUCAAAUAACCUAGCUCUUGGAGUAUAAUUAUUCAUAGCUCUAGCUCUGCUAUUGAGCACUUUAUAGUAGAUGAGGAUUUCUUUCCACUUUUUUGGUUAUAUAUAUAUAUAUUAUAUAUGCUCCACUAUUUCAUUUUUGAAAAGCGUGCCACGUUUACAACGAUUAUCACUUUACGAUUCCAUGAGCAGUUUUUAUCAAAGACAAAAAAAAUUCACUGUGUCCAGCAAUUCCAUAACCCUAAAUAAAGUGUUACAUUAGGAAACAGCAUUUGGCGCUUCAAGUGGUGAAAAUUUCUUGCAGAUUUCUGUUUCUGUCUACGACCUCGUAUUUAUUUCAGAAUAUUACUAACCCUCUUCUCCGUUCAUUCAUUAGAAAAAACUACCAUUUUUCACUUUUCUUUCCAGGCCGAAAACGUUUCGCUGUGCCAAGAGAUGAUGAUACAUCUGUGCCGCCUACACCAGUUCGCAUCUUCCUGGCAAGAUACGAAGUCGCGUCUCCGGCAGAUGUACAGCAGCCCGUCGUAUCGGAUGAUGUAGUAGAGGGAGAUGAGAACAUUCCAGUUUCGACCUGUGAUUUUGCGUAA